CAAGAACUCGACAACCACGAAAUCAACCGUCAUAAGGCUACAGACACUGCCAGCCAUUUCCUGCCUCUAAAAGAAACACUCUUUUUAGCAUUUUAAGGCAAACACGAGCAGGCUUUUAUAUUUUACUAUAUUUUUUAUAAAGAUAUAGGCUUCAUUUUUUUUAACAAGAAGGACAGAAAAUGUCUUACCCCGCGCAGGAGAGAAGGUCUGGCGUUCAGCUGGUGAGCGCGCUGCUGCUAAUGCUCUCGCUCUCCGGUUGUUCAAGCAUGGAUGUAAUUGUGGCCAGUAGCAUUAAUGCACUAAAUGGAACAACGGUAAAAAUCUCUUGCGUGUUCACUUCCUGCUAUAAGAUGGAUGUUACCAAGUUUGCCAUGAAUUGGACCUACCAAGAAACACGCAACGAUACACACGAACUGUUUAUGACAUACUAUAAGAAAAGGGGAAUGGUGCCUCUUCGAUCAGAACGGUUCGGAGAAAGGGUCACGUUUGCUGGGAACCUGGAUAAGAAUGACCUGUCAAUCACUCUAUCAAAUGUUCAACUGGAGGAUGAGGGUAUUUACAACUGCUAUGUGAGAAACCCCCCAGACCGCAUCCAGGGACAUGGUAUCAUACAGCUCAACGUUGUCACAGAACUCCCACCUCCAAGGGAUUCAACCAUUGCGGUUGCCAUUGGGGCUUCUGUGGGAGGAGCAUUAGCACUGCUAAUCCUUUCCAUGGUAGUUGUGAAAUGUCUCCGUCGACACAGGAAACAGGAACUCAUUUCAGAGGAAAAAAUGGAGGAGGAGGGGAAACUGGAGGCUGAAGGUGUUGCAGAAGAAGGAACCAAGCAACCGUAAUGGAUCAUGUGGUUAAACCAGAAGCCUGUGGAGCUCCCAAAACCCUGACAUAUCCAUCCCUUCUUGAGGAUCUAUAGUAAUCACACCUCAUCCCGUUUGCAUGUUUGUGUGUGCGCGGAUGUCUAAUGCACAUAUAUCUGUUUCUUUGUGUGUGUGUGUGUGUGUGUGUGUGUGUGUGUGUGUGUGUGUGUGUGUGUAUGUUUUCAAAGUGUCUAUGUGUGUAACUUACCCAGUAAAUGCAUAUUGCUUUAUUCAUAGCUUUAACUCACUGUUAAUAACAUUUGAGGUCUUUCUUAUGACACAGAAUGCCAUUUUCAUAGCAUAAUAUAUGGCGGGCUAUGGGGCUGGGCGGUAUGACUUCAAAAAUUAUAUGAGGGUAUAUUUUGAAUAUAGAACUUUAACUAAAAAACUGAAUGACAGUGUAAUAUUUUUGCUGUUACUGUUUGUAUAGCUGUAAUGUUUUAUAUUCAGUCCCAUGCUUUGGGAGAAAAACCUUUAACUGCCUGCAAUGAGCUACUGAUAAAUAUAACAGCGGUUGUGGAGAUAAAGCUUCAUACAUAAUGAAAGCUGAAGCUAUUUCAACUAUCAUAUGCAGUAUGUAUAUCUGUUGUGGCAGUAAAUUGCUGAUAACUCCAAUGUCUAACACGUCCAAUGUUGGGGUUUUGUUUUGAAUGUUUUUUUGUUAAUUUUUAACAUACAUACUGUGAAUCUAGUGGGGUAUUUUUAAACAUUGCCUUAAAGUCUUAACUGCCUGUAUGGACACCAUGUCUUAACAUACAUUAGAUGCACAGCUGGAUUUUGCUAUUAUAUAAAUAUGACCAGUUUUCAGUGAGUAAGCCAAAUUAUGUUUACACGGAGCUCGAAAUCUACUUGUGUCUGAGUCAGAAAGCAAUCUCAAACAUUCCUAAUAUCUGGUGAAUUUUGACAGAGCAGUUGGUCUGUGCACUCUACAGAUAGGGUUUUUUUAUUCAGUCAACUUCUCUCAGAAACCAGAAAAACAAGUGCCCCAUUAAUAUUUGUCUUUACACUAGAAUACUGCAAAUAUUUCAAACCAUUCAAGAUUUCAUUAUUCCAAAUAUUUCAAAAUAUCAAAAUGUUUUUCAGUAUCUAUACAUUUUUGAGCUGCCUCUGUCCUAUGUCGUAGCAGUUUGUUAUUAAGAAUAACUUAAAUGAAUAACAUGAUUACAUGAAUUGCUUUUCAGAAUAUGUUAUGUAGUUUAGAUUCUAUACUAAUGCAAACAAAAUAGCAUUCUUUAUUCUUUUUUCUUUAUUUUUUUUUUAAAAAUAAUUCUACUGUAUGUCAUACCGUCCACCCCCAUAACAGGCACCUUUCCAUUAAGCCUGAUACUGUAUAGGAAUGACUUGGAGUGCCUGAAUAGAGAAGUUGCAGUGAUAAGCCCAGAUUUCAGUUCAUUCUCUGUUUUACAUACAAUUAAAACGUUUUAGUCCUGAUGAUAUCUGUGACUGCACUGCUUUAUACAGUCAUUUGCAUAUUCCACUCAGGAUUCUCAGAAAUCCACACAAUAUAAACACAACUGGCACUAGAACAAAAACAUACGAAAGAAAGUUUAAAAUGACGUCCACAACACUGAAGAAUAUUGAGUCUUAUAAUUUAUGUGGCAACUUUUAUUGAUAGAAUCUAUAAAAGGUUGUCACAACAGUGACCUACACACAGACAACAGUAAUAUAUUGUACUAAUCUCCAUCACCUAUAUCACGAGCUGGUAUAAGUCCCAGCUGAAAGCAAAUAUUUGAAUGUUUACAUUCCUAACUGACAGAAAUCCUGUUUUAUAGAAACAUAAAAAUGGACAAACUGAAUCACUGCUUCCUAAUUUAUACACUUUUUAGAGUGUAUAUAAAAGCUUAAGAAAAAUUGUCUAUUAAAUAGUUGUAAAGCUUUACAUAUUCUAUUCUAGCUAAGUCUCCAAAGUAAUGACUUUACCUCAACAGCGGUGUGCAAAACUGUUUGCACCUCAAAACACUGAUACAUAUUCUAAUGUUAAUGUAGUGGAGAUCAUGUGAAUAUAAUGGAAAUGAGAAAAAAACAUAUAUAGUGCAGAUAUUAUAAUGAUAUUAAAACUGUUAUAGGGAAUGUGUGAUUGUGUAUUUCACUAUUAAGUUGACUAGAGAAUCUUGAAUGUUUUUAAAAUAUAUAUUCUCAUAGUAAAAUACUUGAUCACUCUUUAAUAUCAAUCCAGCAUGUACACUUUGUUAUUGUCCCAUGAUGAUUCAACUUCAGUGUACUACGAUAAUGAGACAGCAGUGUCACAAGGUGAUGUCUCAGUAACUGUUAAACGGGAGGGUUCCAAAUCUGGUGGCUUGGCCUGACCUGGGUUUUGGCUCUGUUAAAAAAAAUAAUAAAAAAAUAAAUUGUGUACAGGUCUAUGUUUAGGUCUGUUAACAUCGGUGAUUUUAUCAUUUGUUGUCCAUUAUUAUGGAUGAUGUACUGCAUAAUUUCAUCAAAUAUUAAUGGCACAUCUUUAAAGUCACAGUAAUGUGUUCACAACUUUGUGUUGCUCUGUGCUGGUCAAUAAAAACUAAAAUUGUCACUUCGUACAAUCAUGCGCUAAAGAAUAAUAAAGUGAUUACAAAAUUUUGAGUUUUUUCAUUAGCUUUUUCACAUUUCCUGGUACACUGCUGUCUGUGUGUAAUCAUGCAUGUUUAAGUUACAGGGUUUAUAGACCCAUAAGGUGAUGGCAGAUUAACAUUUAGGGCAAAUUUACUGCAGUUAUCACCAGACAGGUUUUAUCAGCAAUAUUGUAUAUAUUGUGGUGUAGUAUACUUAUUAUUCAAAAAUAGUUUACAAUUAAAAAAAAUAUAAUGUGCUAGAUAUCGUGCACUGCUGUUUUCCACCUCAAGCUGUGAAUUUGCCCUGAAUAGUUUCUGUUAUAUCACUUUACAUGUUAGUAGACAUCAAGUUAUGCUUGCACUGCGCUGCCUCUAAGCAAGUGGCAAUGUAUUUCAAAUAAAUAUAUAUGAAAAUA